UUCAACACACCAUCUCCCACUUAAAACUCUUGCUCGUGCAGACCUUCUUGCGCUAGUCAGAUAGCAAAAGUAAUUUUCUUUAAAAGACCCAAGAUACGAUGCCAAGGUCUUUCUUGGUGAAGAAACACCUCACUAACAAGAAGCCUGACUAUGGUGUUUUGGAUUCAAAAAAACACGAGGUGAUUCAUAUUGAAUCUUCAAGCUCCAAGCUCAAAAUACUGCAUCCCCAUGAGACUGUGUUUCCUGCACCAUGUUUUGGGAACUCAGCAUUGAGCCCCCAUCUGCGGAUGAACCACAUCAAUUCAGGAAUCUAUGUGCCCCCACAGCACCCAAGUCUGCCCAUGGAUGGAGCAAUUCUGGGUGUCACUUACCCCCUGCCUGUAACGUCCAGUCCCCUUCGAGACGUGUCGCCUGCACUCCCAAUGAUGGAGUCUACAAAAUCACGGUCAUUCCAGCUUUCCCAGAGAGACCUACAAGACAAUGUCCCUGUGUCACCUUUAGGACUGAGCACCACUGGCAACAGUCAGGAGCGCGGUGACGAAUGCUUUGACUGCCAGAAAGCUUUCUUGACCUUAUCUAGUCUGGCCAACCAGAGGCAAAUUCACUGUCAGUGGCAAUGCCAAAAGUACUUUAGCUGCAAGUAUUGUGACAAGGAGUAUGUGAGUCUAGGGGCUCUGAAGAUGCACAUUAGGACACACACGCUGCCAUGUGUGUGUAAACUGUGCGGAAAGGCCUUUUCUAGGCCCUGGUUACUUCAGGGACACAUUCGCACACACACAGGUGAAAAGCCAUUCUCCUGCCCCCACUGCAGUCGUGCGUUCGCUGACCGCUCAAACCUUCGGGCACAUUUACAAACCCACUCUGAGAUCAAGAAAUACCAGUGCAGAAGCUGCUUUAAAACCUUUUCCAGAAUAUCGCUCCUGACAAAGCAUGAAGAGGCCAGGUGCUGCCCCAUGUCCUAAAAUGUACUAGAGUGUGGAUAGUCAGGGUAAGUUA